AUGUUCGGGGGCUUCAGCGCCAGCAGCAGCGGCGCCAACGACAGGGUCCAGUUCGUGGCCGGCAACUACAGCGGCGCGGCCCAAGACUCGGACGACGAGAUGUUCUGCGACGAGCCCAACGUGGUGCUAACGCGCUCGUCCCCCACGCCCAACCUCCUGGCCGUGGCGCCCGUGGCCCGCGUGGCCGAGGUCAAGCAGGAGGCGGCCGUGGCGCCCUACGACGGCGCCAUGGUGGACGUCGAGUACUCGACCACAGUCAAGACGGUCGCCGUGCCCGCCGCCGCAGCCGCCGACGCCGCGGCCGGCGGCUUCUCGUCCAUCUCGGACCGCUUCCCGCUCUCCAAGGUGGGCAAGGUGAGCUGCGGCAUGACCAAACAGGUCUUCUGCACGCCGCAGGAGCCCAAGCUCCAGGCCGCGGCCCCCAUCCCCAUGAGCCGCCUGCUCAACGCCACGCCCGAGAUGACGCAGGUGGACCAGAUGACGGUGCUCGUCGAGGACGGCACGGUCGAUGACAACACGAUCAAGGCCGAGCCCGAAGGAGGCUCCUCCAGCACUGCUACUACGACCUUCGUGGCAGGCACCAACCACGUGCAGCAGCAGCAGAUGCUGCUCAUGAGCGACGUGUACCGGUACCAGGCCAUGGACGUGGAAGAAAACGAGAUGGAGCAACUGCGAUGGAACAUCCAGGAGCAGGUUUUCCAGCGCUACUUCCAGCAAGGCCAGAAGUACGAAGAGUGGGGCAAGCUCGAGGAGCAGGACAGCCGAGUCUUCUUCAUCCCAGGCGGACGACGCGAGAACAUCCUGGCCGAGAAACGGUUCCACGACAACGCCGUGCGGGACGCCAUGGGCAAGGGAAACGCCACGUGGGUCAAGGAGCGACGAGCUCGCUUCGAGGAGGAGAUCCGCCUGUUCUACCGAGAAGAAACUCGGCACAAGCAGGAGCUGAUGCUUACGCGGCUUGAAAAGGUGUCGCCGUUCUCCAAGUUCCCGAUUCUGGGCAACCGCUUUCUGCUGCUUCGUCUGCGAGGAAAAGGAGGCAACGGAGAGGUGUGGGACGUCGUUGACUACGCCAACAACAAGCAGCUCUGCGCCCUUAAGCUCUCCACCUCAAUCCGACACGCCCAACGCGAGCACCACACGCACUCGGUAUGGUUUGCGCUUUGUGGUCCGUUGUAUGGGGUUUUGGGGGCUAACGGGUCUUGUGUUGAUCAACAGAAACUCAACCAUCCCAACAUCGUCCAGGUUGGCGAGGUGCCCUUCCUCAUCCGGUACCAGCAGCAACAGUACACCGCUUUCACUGUCGCAAGCGUUCAGUCUGACCUCCAGCAGCUCAUUGAGAUGUACGAGUACCUGGAUGAUGACUCGGCCUACAAGGUGCUCUCGCAGCUCCUGAGCGCGCUCAAGUACUUGCACGAAGAUGUUGGCGUGGCUCACUAUGACUUGAAGCCGUCCAACAUCCUGAUCGACCAUGACGGGUGUGUGAAGCUGACCGACUUUGACUUGACGCGCAACGCCAAAUCAGCCACUUCGAACUCGACGGUGGGCACUUUGCGCUACCUCCCGCCCGAGUGUUUCCGCCCGAACCGGGGCGAUUGCGAGGCCACUGCGGAGAAGGCGGAUAUGUGGAUGGUUGGGAUCGUGUACUGCAUGAUGGUCACUGGAAAGCACCCGAUCUGCCCCGACAAGUCCACGCCAGCGGAAGUCAAGGCUACGAUGGCUCAGUACACGGGUGAGCUUCGGUACGCACGACCGAUUUCGGACCUGUCCCGAUGGAUUUUACAGGGAUGCCUCCACCCGGACCCACGGUGUCGGCCGACGGCCGCUCAGUUGCUGGUGGCGUUGCAGAACGUGGUGCCGCAGCAGUAG